AUGUCCAGACCUGCAACCGUUCAGUUACCUACGUCACUGGAGCACGCCAGAGUCAGAGGCCUCCCCCCGGCCUUGUUCUACAUCCCGGACUUUAUCAGUGAAGAAGAGGAAAGGAUUCUCCUGGACAAGGUAGCAGCUGUGCCGAGACCAAGAUGGAAACAUCUGACCCAUCGAAGACUGCAAGCCUGGCCAUCGGAGCUGGUGCAGAACCGUCUCCUCGACUCCCCGCUACCUACAUGGUUAGAGGACCCUGUCAUUACGCGGCUUAGAUCGAUACCGGUGUCGGAUGACGCCUCGACGACACACCUAUUUGAGGACAGCCCCCACGGCCGGCCGAACCACGUCCUCAUCAACGAGUACUCUCCCGGUGACGGCGCCGCGUACUGGCCAGUCGUAUGCACAGUCAGCCUGGGAGCCAGCCUGUGCCUCAACCUAUACCGCAGCAAGGAAGACGGUGCCAUGGAACCGGAGCCGGCCUGGAGAAUCCUUCAAGAGCCUCGUAGUCUACUCAUCACCACCCAGGAUCUCUACACCGAUUACCUGCACGGCAUUUCCGACGCCGACGAGGAUACCGGUCUGGGUCAAGAUGCCAUCGUCAACUGGUCCCUGCUACGCUCACCCGAGACCUUUGCCAACGGACGCAACGUGCGAGAGACACGCACCAGCCUAACAUAUCGAGACGUUCUCAAGGUGUCCAAAGUCGGAGACAAACUGGGGCUGUUUCGCCGGCGCUGA